ACUGCUCCCAACCCCUACAGGUGGCCAUCAGGGACGUCAAGGCUCUCCAGCAGCACACCAGGAGAUACUUGUGUGUGGACGAGGGACAUGGACUCAAGAACCACGAGUGUAGGCUGACCAAGUCCCUGAACACCUUUCCCCCAAUGAACCGGCUGCUGCUGACUGGGACAGCCUUGCAGAAUAGCCUGAGAGAGCUCUGGGCCCUUCUGAAAUUCUUGAUACAGGAUAUUUUUUAUUCCCUCAGUGUUUUUGAGUCCUGCUUCAAUGUGGGGGAGAUGCAGGAGGGAAGUGAUGAGAGGAUUCUGAGGCAGGAACGGAAGGGCCAGGUUAUCUCCACUCUAAUGAAGGUCCCUGAACACCUUUCCCCCAUGAAUUGGCUGCUGUUUUUGGGGACACCCUUGCAGAACAGCCUAUCAGAGCUUUGGGCCCUUCUGAACUUCCUGAUGCUGGAUAUUUUUUAUUCCCUCGGUGUUUUUGAGUCCUGGUUUGAUGUGACGGAGAUGCAGGAGGAGGGAAGUGACGAGAGGAUUCUGAGACGUCUGUCUUGUGCUGGUGAAUGUCCUGUCUGCAGUCGGGCUGGUGGUGCCAGUGUCUCAGGCUCUGACGUCAGGAAGAGCCACAUAGAGGGUGUCUACAGCCAGGUGCUACAGCACACUACACUACUACUGGUGGAGUCAGCUGAAAUGGUUUGUCUAGUCCAGGAUGCAUUUCUGUACGACUUGUAUGUCUUUGCCAAUAAAUAAAUUUGUGACUAUUCUUAUAUAUGUGAAAUAAAUAUAAAGUUUGCUAACAAAUAAAUUUGUGACUAUUCUUAUAUAUGUGAAAUAUACAUGUGAAAUAAAUAUAAAGUUUGCUAACAAUGUGGUUUAGUGUAAAAUAUUAUUUGGUGGUAAUAAUUCAUGCCCAGAAGGUAAAAAACAAAGCCAGGAUUAUUAUUAUUAACUCGGUUUAUCCAAUUUGCACGUAGAAACCAAUGAGCAACUUUUAUCUUACUUAAACUUCUUGGUUUACAAGUUAAUCCUGUUUUUUUUUACCUUGAGGGCAUGAAUUGUACUCCCAGAAAAGGUUGUUUAUUUGCAGAAGAUAAUAUUGACAUAGUACACAAGAUGGUAUAUUGAAUUUUUAUUAUUUUUCUGCAUUUUUCCAGUGUAUGGUAAGUUAAUAAAAAUACACAACAGGAUAAA